AUGUCAGCUGUUGCAGGUGCUAGAUUUCCUUUCUGGAUCCUCAGAAUGACAUUGCUGAGAUACAUGUUCCUUCAGAUCCUCUGGGCUUACUUUUCCCAGGCAGAAGAGCCAUGUACUGUCGAUGUGACAGAAAUGCAAAGCCGUGGCAUAGAGCUGAGUGAGAAGUCAAAAGGAAAACAAUACAUCCCCCAUGGUGAUUUUGUUGAAUUUAAGUGCAAAGUGGGGUAUGCACAUCCUGCUGUGUGGUCUGCUUCUGAUUUUACUGUGCAGUGCUAUUCAAGCAAUGUUUCUUAUCCCCAGUGCUAUAAAGAAAUAUGUCCUGUCUUGGAUUUGGAAAAUGGUAGAAUCUACUAUAGCUAUUGGAGAAAAUUCAGAGAAGGUGCAACAACUUCAUAUUCAUGUAAGCGGGACUAUAGCCCUGAAAAUGAGCAAGACAGGAUUACAUGCACUAAGAAUGGCUGGUCGCCUACUCCAAGAUGCAUCCCUGAGAGUAAGAAGUACCUGUGUUUUAUUGACUAA